AUGAAGCAGCUGAGGCUAUAUAUUGGAGCGAUUGGAACCCUGGAGGAUGCCAAGCUAAAAGAGCUAUUGCUGAAGUAUAAGGAUGAUCCAGUGGUGGAAGUGGCAGAGACUUGUCAGCUGGCUCUGCAGAGGAUGGAGUGGUUUGAGUCACACCCAAAAGAGAGUGAGUCCGUUCAACUCGGUAGAGACCCGACGCCUCCCAGCACCACGACCGACGUGGCUCAGCUCCGGCAAGUGUUACUGGACGACAACGAGACUCUGUUUAAUCGGUACCGAGCGAUGUUCGCACUGAGGAAUAUUAACAACGAGGAGAGCAUCUUGGCCUUGUGUGAAGGUUUAAACUCCGGAGGCAGUCUGUUCCGUCACGAGGUGGCAUUCGUGCUCGGUCAGCUGGCAGAACCUAGGAGUGUUCCAGCAUUGACCGAGGCUCUGGAAGACCUCAGUCAGCAUGAGAUGGUGAGACAUGAAUGUGCCGAAGCUCUGGGAGCUGUGGCCUCGGAGGACUGCCUAGGCGUGCUGCGGAAAUACCUCUCAGAUGACAAGCGUGUGGUGAGGGAGAGCUGUGAGAUAGCACUGGAUAUGUGCGAGUACGAGAAUAGCCCAGAGUUCCAGUAUGCAGACACACUGCUGAAAGUUUAAGAAUCUCGAUUUGUUAUCUUUAUAUUAUAUAAUAUAUAUAUUUGUAAAACAGUAUUUUGUACAACAAUAUGUAAAUAUACAUAUAUUUUAGGAUUUGAUUUGUUCUUUCUUACUGUAGUUAAAUCCUAAUGGAUUGGUUCUGGAAAUGGUUUUUCAUUGUGGAAUAAAUAUAACUCAAUGGCCUACUAGUAUUUCCAGCCUCUCAACUCCACAGUAAAUCCAAUUAAUUUGGCCCUAAAUGGAGAAUUUUACUUAAAA